AGACAGUAGCCAACCUAUCUGGAUGUGGGGCUCCAGACUCAGAAGCCCUGAUACACUGCCUGCGAGCAAAGAGUAAACAAGAGAUCCUGGCUAUUAACCAGGUCUUCAAGAUGAUCCCUGGUGUUGUGGAUGGGAAAUUCUUUCCCAAGCAUCCUCUGGAGCUGAUGGCCUCUAAGGAUUUUCAUCCUGUACCCAGCAUCAUUGGUAUCACCACAGAUGAAUGUGGCUUAGCUGUUCCCAAGUACAUGGGCAUUGACCAUAUCAUAGAGAAAAUAACCAGAGAGACUCUGCCAGCUGUUCUGAAGAGCAUUGCAUCACAGACGAUGCUACCUUCAGAAUGUAGUGACCUGUUAAUGGAAGAGUACAUGGGGAACACUGAGGACCCAGAGAUCCUUCAAGCACAGUUCAGAGACAUGCUGGGGGACUUCAUGUUUGUGAUCCCUGCUCUCCAAGUGGCACAUUUCCAGCGUUCCCACACUCCUGUGUACUUCUAUGAGUUCCAGCAUCUGCCCAGCUUCAUCAAGGAUGCCAGGCCAUCCCAUGUGAAGGCGGACCAUGGUGAUGACCUUCUGUUUGUCUUUGGCUCCUAUUUUGGUGGCAUGAAUCUUCCAGUAACUAAGGAGGAAGAGCUGUUAAAAAGGAGGAUGAUGAAGUACUGGACCAACUUUGCCAGAAAUGGAAACCCCAACAGUGAGGGUCUACCCUACUGGCCUGUGUUUGACCAAGAUGAGCAGUAUCUGCAGCUGAACACCCAGCCUGCUGUGGGCCGAGCCCUGAAGGCCAGAAGGCUGCAGUUCUGGACCAAGACUCUGCCCCAGAAGAUCCAGGAGCUAAAGAGUUCUCAGGACAAGCAUGCAGAGCUGUAGUGUCCUAUGUAAGGAAAGGUGUGUGAUGUUGAAAGCAGAUGGGGUAAUUCUGAAGUUACAAAGUCCAUUGAUCUAUAAUCAUUUGAUUCAACAAGAACAUAAGCAUUUCUAAAUUGGACAUUUGCUCUUUCAGACAUGUAUGAAAACCACUCUGUGUUAUUCCUUAUCAUUGUGGACAAACUUUCAUGAGAGUCAAUAAAAGCUCUCAUAACAGUGUG